AUGGCAAAGCAGGCGCAAGCAGUUACAGUGUCCCUCGAGGACCUCUCGUCCGGAAACAUCUCCUUCGAGACCCUCCAGGAAGCCUUCGGGCCCGACUCUCUCGGCAUCCUCGUCGUCAAAGACGUGGCCCCCGAGUUCGCCCACCUGCGCCGUAUGGCGCUGUCGUACGCUUCGUACCUCGGCAACCUCCCCGCCGAGCAGCUAGCCAAACUUGAAAACCCAGAGGCCAAGUACCUGAUUGGCUGGUCGCUGGGCAAGGAAACCCUCCGCGACGGCCGAGCGGACACGUUCAAGGGCUCAUACUACGCCAACUGCGCCUUCUACGUCGAUCCCGCGCUGGAGUGUGCCCGGCCCACUGCCGAGUUCUCGCCCGAGACGUUCCCCGAUUACCUGUCUCCUAACGUGUGGCCCCCGGAGGACGUGCUGCCGGGCUUCAAACCGGCCUUGACAGACCUGUGCAGGCUCAUCAUCGACGUGGCAGUCCUCGUGGCCCGUGCUUGCGACAGGUUCGCCGAGAAGGAGAUUGCCGGGUACCCCAGGGGAUACCUGGAGCGCGUUGUGAGCACCUCGACCACCACCAAGGCCCGCCUGCUGCACUAUUUCCCGCAGGACAUGGCGCACAACGACGGCACCAGCGAGGACGACUGGUGCGCUGAGCACCAAGACCACGGAUGCCUCACCGGCUUGACGGCGGCCAUGUUCGUCGACGAGGAAAAGGUGAAUGCUGCUGGGCUUCCCGCGGCCGCGGCCCAGGGCGGCCGCGCCCAUCCCCAUCUCCCGCCCCUGGAGGAGCUGCCCGCGUCGCCUGAUCCGUCUGCGGGGCUUUACAUCCUCUCCCGGGCCGGGGAGACGUAUCAGGUCCGAAUUCCCAGGGACUGCAUUGCUUUCCAGACUGGCGAGACCCUAGAGCGCAUCACGGCUGGCAGGUUCAAGGCUGUGCCGCAUUACGUGCGGGGGGUGAGGGCCGCCGUGAGCGGAGGCGCCAUUGCGAGGAACACGCUGGCCGUGUUUACGCAGCCGAAUCUCGGUGAUGUGGUGGACAUGCCCGAGGGGUUGACGUUUGGACAUUUUGCCCGCAAUGUUGUGGACAGGAACACCGUGUCGUGA